ACAUCACCUCUGUCUGGUACACACCUAUUCGUUUUCCAGCUCAGUUUUACUGAGUGAGAAAGAGAGAGAGAGAGAGAGAGAGAGAGAGUGAGUGAGAGACAGGGAUAGCUCAUCAUCAACAUCAGUGAAUCGUUAUUUUCUCUACUUAACUUUUCUCUCUCUCAUUUUCCUUGACUUUCUCGCUAAACAAACACAAAAGGGCUUUUUCUGUUGAUAAAUGCAGCUUAGCUUUUCGAAGUGUGGAGCUUCUUUCUGAACUUUGUUGAUGUUUCUGAUGCUUGUUUUGCUGAUAUAGAAGCUCUUCUGGAAGAAAAAAAAAAUGUUCGGGUUUUCUCGCAGACGCAUGAAGCUUGGACGAUUGAAGGUCCAGCUUUCAGACUCUGCUCAUGGAACAAGAAGCCCUAUAAGACAACCAAAACGAAAUGGCAGCUCAAAUAAUGAGUGUGCUGCACAUGCUAAUAGUCACUCCGAUGAACUUGAUUGCCAAUGCUCGUCUGCCGCACCCGAGAUUAGUAAUUCUUCGAUUGGUAGCUCUGAGAAUUGGAUGGUGUUGUCUAUUUCUGGAGAUAAACCCACACCUCGUUUCAAUCACGCAGCAGCUGUAAUUGGGAACAAGAUGAUAGUGGUGGGUGGUGAAUCUGGAAAUGGAUUGCUAGAUGAUGUGCAGGUGCUUAACUUUGAUAGAUUUACCUGGACCACAGCUUCAUCAAAACUUUACUUGUCUCCAAGCACCUUGCCACUGAAGAUCCCUGCAUGCAAGGGCCAUACUCUGGUUUCUUGGGGUAAAAAGGCACUCCUUAUUGGGGGUAAAACAGAACCUGGAAGUGACAGGGUAUCAGUAUGGGCAUUUGACACGGAGACAGAGUGCUGGUCGCUUGUGGAAGCUAAAGGAGACAUACCGGUUGCUCGUAGUGGUCACACUGUAGUGAGGGCAAGCUCGGUCUUGAUCUUAUUUGGGGGUGAAGAUGCUAAGAGGAGGAAACUAAAUGAUCUACAUAUGUUUGAUCUUAAAUCUUUGACAUGGCUUCCUCUUCAUUGCACAGGAACAGGACCAUCUCCUAGAUCCAACCAUGCGGCAGCUCUUUAUGAUGAUAAAACUCUUUAUAUAUUUGGAGGAGCAUCAAAGUCCAGGACUUUGAACGACUUGUAUUCACUUGACUUUGAAACCAUGAUAUGGUCAAGAAUAAAGGUAAAAGGAUUCCAUCCAUCACCUAGAGCUGGAUGCUGUGGCAUUCUAUGUGGAACAAAAUGGUAUAUUUCAGGGGGUGGAAGCAGGAAAAAACGACAUGCUGAGACUGUAGCAUUUGAUAUCUUAAAAGUUGAGUGGUCAGUGGCCGUUGCAUCGCUUCCAUCUUCUAUCACCACCAAUAAGGGUUUCAGCCUAGUCCUUGUGCAGCACAAGGAAAAAGAUUUUCUUGUUGCUUUUGGGGGAUUUAAAAAGGAGCCAUCAAAUCAGGUUGAAGUACUGUCGAUGGAAAAGAAUGAAUCAUCCAUAAGCCGACGAUCGUUCCCUAGCAAAGGCCCUGGAGAUUUGAUGUUUGAAAAGCGCUCAUCUGCCACAGGCUUGGCUAGUCAAUUAAGUAACAUUUCUUCCCAUCGUUCAGUUGAUUCAGUUGCAAGACAGAACCUAGCUUCUGCAAUUGAACAUGGUUCUGGAAGAAAGUCAAUGUCCGAGUCCUCUAUCGUUGAACCAAAUCCUGUCUCUGGAAAUGUCUCACUUCAGAAGCAAUUUCAUUAUGAUGAAGAAUAUAACACGACUAUUAAGAUGGCAAAAGGUUCAGAUGAGGAAAGUUUGUUUUCACAGUUUCAGGCUACAGAACAUAAAAUAAAUCAAUCUGAUAUGGGAAUUCAGACGAGCACAAUAGGAGGUAAACUUUACGGGGAGGACAUGAAUUCUGCAUAUGAGUCUGAAAAUUCAAAUCCCCAUAACCCAGGAAUGGGAAACAUUCUGGUUGAUAACAGUGACUCAGUAUUUACUGAAAAUGAUUGUAAAUCAGGAGCAUUAUCUGCGCCUUCAAGCAUGUACCAGUUCUAUGAAACCAAAAUGGCUGGGUUAAUAAGAAAGAAUGGAAUAUUGGAAGGACAGUUGGCAGCUGCAGUAGCAAGCAGAGAAGCUGCUGAGAAAAAUUUAUCAACUGCUCUUAAAAGCAGACAGGAGAUGGAGAAAAAAUUGACAGACACAAUGAAGGAGAUGGAGAUGCUUAAGGAGAAGCUUGCUGGUUUGGAGCUAGCACAAGAAGAGGCUAACAACCUUUCAAAUAUAGUACACUCUGACAAUGUAAGGCUUGAGCAUGAUGUGGCUUUCCUCAAGGCAGUUUUGGAUGAUACCCAGAAGGAGCUGCACUCAACCAGAGGAGUCCUUGCAGGAGAACGAGCAAGAGCUUUUCAACUACAGGUCGAAGUAUUCCAUCUCAAACAGAGGUUGCAAUCUAUGGAAAACCGAGCACCUACGCCACGAAAACCCUUUCAUGUGUAGCAUGGAGAACGGAGUACAGAAUAGAUUUGAGUGCCUUUUAUGGCAGGUGAGCUGGUAGCUUGUUAAAGCUACAGCAUUUGAGCUCCAAUGAAGAAUCUCUUUAGCUCUGUCCUGUAUAUAAGUGAUUCUAGUAAUAGGUCAGCAUGUUUAUUUGGAUUUGAUAUUUUGUAUUUUUGAUCAGGUUAGCUGAAGAUACUGUCAGUAAUGAUUAAUGACCAUGCCCCAAAGGGUAGUCAAUUUUAUUCUCUUGUACUUGACAACUGAAAAUAAUUUCCAUCCACUGCUGACCUCUUUCAAUC